UGUUCGGGAGCCAAGUAACGCAAGGUCAGGACGCUGAAUUUAUGUUCCAGGACGAAUGUACCAAUGUCAAGAUAAUCAGAGCACGACAGUUCGCCAUGUUGACAGCACGGGGCGCCUUUGCGGCCUUCGCCGCCAAACAGCUGUUAAGAUCAACCAGUGCACUACCUCUGUCGGACUCGCAUUCCAGAUGUUUCCAGACUGCCACACCUUCGCAGAAAGAGCUGCACGCCGCCUGGGCCGGGCUGGCCAAGAAACAGCUGAAGGGCAAAAAUCCCGAAGAUCUCAUCUGGCACACGCCGGAGGGCAUCUCGAUCAAGCCCGUCUAUACCCGCAGUGACACAGAGGGGAUCCCCGAUGAAUUGCCCGGAGUUUUCCCCUUCAGCCGCGGUCCGUACCCCACAAUGUACACCUACAGACCAUGGACAAUACGACAGUACGCCGGCUUUAGCACCGUGGAGGAGAGCAACAAGUUCUACAAAGACAAUAUCAAAGCCGGGCAGCAGGGCCUCUCUGUGGCCUUUGACCUUGCUACCCACCGUGGCUACGACUCGGACAACCCCAGGGUGCACGGUGACGUGGGUAUGGCAGGGGUGGCCAUUGACACCGUGGAAGACACCAAGAUGCUGUUUGACGGCAUCCCCUUGGAGAAGAUGUCAGUUUCCAUGACGAUGAACGGGGCGGUGAUUCCGAUACUGGCCAUGUUCAUCGUAACGGGGGAGGAGCAAGGGGUGCCCCUGGAGAAGCUGACGGGAACCAUCCAGAAUGACAUACUCAAGGAGUUCAUGGUCCGCAACACCUACAUCUUUCCCCCCGAGCCCUCCAUGCACGCCAUUGCCGACAUCUUCGCCUACACUUCAAAGCAUAUGCCGAAGUUCAACUCCAUCUCAAUCAGUGGGUACCACUUGCAAGAAGCCGGCGCAGAUGCUAUCCUUGAAUUAGCUUACACCAUUGCCAAUGGUCUGGAAUACUGCCGAACGGGCUUAAAGGCUGGUCUGACUAUUGAUGAAUUUGCCCCAAGGUUGUCUUUCUUCUGGGGCAUUGGCAUGAACUUUUACAUGGAGAUUGCCAAGCUGAGGGCAGGACGACGGCUUUGGGCCAGUCUAAUCAAGGAGAAAUUUCAGCCCAAGAACUCCAAGUCGCUGCUGCUCAGAACUCACUGCCAGACAUCAGGAUGGUCUUUAACUGAGCAGGACCCCUACAACAAUGUGAUCCGCACUGUAAUCGAGGCCAUGGCGGCUGUCUUCGGGGGCACCCAAUCCCUGCACACUAACUCCUUUGAUGAGGCCCUGGGCCUGCCCACAGUCAAGAGCGCCCGCAUCGCCCGCAACACGCAGAUCAUCAUCCAGGAGGAGUCAGGCAUCCCCAAGGUGGCCGACCCGUGGGGGGGGUCCUACAUGAUGGAGUCCCUGACAAACGAUGUUUACGACUCCGCCCUCAAGUUCAUCACGGAGAUUGAAGAGAUGGGGGGCAUGGCGCGGGCUGUGGCCGAGGGGAUCCCCAAGCUACGCAUCGAGGAGUGUGCUGCCCGCAGGCAGGCCAGGAUAGACUCAGGAUCAGAAGUCAUUGUAGGAGUCAACAAAUACCGUCUGGAGAAAGAGGAGACGGUGGAGGUGCUGGCAAUCGACAACACCGCGGUUCGCAACAAGCAAAUCGAGAAACUGAGGAAGGUGAGAGAAACCCGGGACGCCGAGGCCGUGAAGAAGUGCCUCUCUGCCAUAGAGGAGUGCGCUCGCACCCGCGAUGGCAACCUGCUGGCCCUGGCGGUGGAGGCGGCCCGGGCAAGGUGCUCGGUGGGAGAGAUCACCGACGCCAUGAAAGCCGUGUUCGGCGAGCACAGAGCCAGCACCCGCAUGGUGAGCGGAGCGUACCGCAGUGAGUUCGGAGAACACGAGGAGAUCGCUUACGCCAACAACAGGGUUCUGCAGUUUAAGAAGCAGGAGGGUCGAAAUCCGCGCCUCCUGGUGGCCAAGAUGGGCCAGGACGGUCACGACAGAGGUGCCAAAGUGAUCGCCACUGGGUUUGCUGACCUUGGGUUCGAUGUCGAUAUUGGCCCGCUCUUCCAGACCCCCCUGGAGGUGGCGCAGCAGGCGGUGGAUGCAGACGUGCACUGCGUCGGGGUCAGCACCCUCGCGGCAGGUCACAAGACUCUGGUCCCUGAGCUGAUCAAGGAGCUGCGCAACCUCAACCGCCCUGAUAUUCUCGUGGUCUGCGGUGGUGUCAUACCCCCCCAGGACUACGAGUUCCUGUAUGAAAAGGGAGUUUGCAGCAUCUUCGGUCCGGGGACAAGAAUCCCUCAGGCAGCCGUGGAGGUCAUUGACAACAUCGAGAAGAGUUUGGAAAAGAACCGCCAAGCAAUGUAAUGGUGGGCGGGGAAGCAAAUAUUCUGACAGCCAUUUUCUGUCCAUUAUCUGUGUGAUAUUGAAAGCAGGAGCCUCCUUCUACACAGCUAAUAGAAGCAUCUUAUCAGAUUUACUUUUAGACCAGAGGGACUUCUAACAUUAACCAUCAAGCCGUUUGAUCUCUCUCCUUUGGUUUUCUACAUGAUUGGGUGAUGUUCUUGGAGAACAGGAGCUAGUCUUGACUUAGAAGAUAUUGGGGUGUUUCUAGUCCAUUGCUUGUUCAUUAUUCAAUGAAGACAUACAGCUAUUACCAUCUGUGGCAAUGUGCCUUUACCAAUGAUUUGACAUGAAAAAAA